AUGCGUGGCCCUCCACCAGGUAUGCGAGGUCCCCCAAGAGGUCCACCAUUUGGAAGACCUCCCUUUGAUCCCAAUUUUGGUCCUAUGGGUCCACAAGGUAUGGCUCCACCAGGCUUUCAUCCAAAUGGAAUGCCACCUCCUGGUAUGGGUCCACCUCCUGGAAUGCCACCGCAUGGCAUGCCUCCACCAGGAAUGGUAAUGACACCUGGUGUCAACGGACAGGCAACUAAUGAGGCUGUUGCUGUUCAGAAACCACCAUCAACUCAGGUUUGUUUUAAGUUGUCUGAAUGGACAGAACAUAAAAAUACUGAUGGUAGAAGCUAUUAUUAUAAUUCACGUUCAAUGGAGUCAACCUGGGAGAAACCUCAAGCAUUACUUGAUUGGGAAGGUUCGUGUUUGUAUUCAUAUAAGUCAAAUAUUUGGAAAUGUAGAUGUAAAUAUUGCCAUCUGCCGGUCUCUGGUGACCUAGAUGACAAAAUGGACACAGAUGACAAAUCAGAUACUAAAGAAGAUGAUAAAGGUGAAGAAGAUCAGAAGACUGAAGAACAGAAAGCUCAAGAUAAAGCUCGACCUGUAUCAAGUACACCAGUACCUGGUACACCAUGGUGUGUAGUAAAAACUGGAGAUGGUAAAGUGUUUUUCUAUAACCCCAGCAGUAGAACAUCACGUUGGGAAAGACCUGAUGAUUUAUUAGGCAGAGCUGAUGUUGAUACAUUGAUAAGAGAUGAACCAGAACCAAAACAAGCUGAGAAGAAACCUAGUUCUUCAAAUGAUGAAGAACCACAAGCCAAGAAGAAAAAAUUGGAAAAAGAAGAGUCUGUUAAAGAAGAUAAGAAAGACACACCUAAACAAAUUGAUGCUGGGAAAGAAGCUGCUAUAGAAGCAGAAGUACAAGCUGCCAGACAACGUGCUAUUGUACCAUUAGAAAUAAGAAUGAAACAGUUCCGUGAUAUGUUAGCAGAGAAGGAGGUUUCAGCGUUUUCAACAUGGGAGAAAGAGCUGCACAAGAUUGUAUUUGAUGCUAGAUAUCUACUGUUGACAUCUAAGGAAAGAAAACAAGUAUUUGAACAAUAUGUCAAGGAGAGGGCUGAAGAAGAACGCAGAGAAAAACACCGAAAACUACGGGAAAAGAAAGAUGCUUUCCGACAACUUCUUGAAGAAGCUAAGCUGCACGGAAAGUCAUCUUUUAGUGAUUUUGCUUCAAAAUAUGGUAAGGAUGAUCGUUUUAAAUCCAUAGAGAAGAUGAGAGAAAGAGAAUCUUUAUUUAGUGAUUAUUGUUCAGAUUUACGCAGGAAGGAAAAAGAGGAAAAGUCAAAUCAAAAGGAAAAGUUGAAGUCAGAUUUUAUCAAACUAUUAAAAGAAACAUCUGAAAUAGAUCGUAAAUCAAGGUGGAGUGAAAUAAAGAAAAAGAUCAAUUCUGAUCCAAGAUAUGAUGCUGUUGAUAGUAGUUCACGUAGAGAAGAUUGGUUUAAAGAUUAUGUUAAAACAUUAGAUGAUGACUCUGAUGAUGAUGGUAGACGUGAAAAACAAAAACAAGAGAGAAUAAGAGAAAGUAUAAGAAAACGUGAAGAGGAAGUACAAGAAUCACUUUCAUCUUCUCUACGUGAUAGAGACAAGGGAAGAGAACAACAUAAAAAAGAUGAGGCUAUUCAACAUUUUAAUGCUCUUUUGGCUGAUUUGGUGCGGAAUUCAGAAUCAACAUGGCGUGAAACACGCAAACAGUUACGUAAAGAUCAUAGAUGGGAUUUGGCUGAUACUAUGGAUAGGAGUGAGAAAGAAAAGUUAUUUGAAGAACAUGUCGAGAAUUUAACAAAGAGAAAUAAAGAAAUGUUCCAUAAAUUAUUAGAUGAAACAAAUAUAAGUUUAGAUGCUACAUGGAAAGACAUCAAGAAAUCCAUUAAAGAAGAUCCAAGAUAUAGUAAAUUUUCAUCUAGUGAUAGGAAAAGAGAGAAGGAAUUUUUAGAAUAUCAACAUGAGAAGUUUGUUCAAGCUAAAGCUAAUUUCAGGGAAUGUUUAAAAGAAAAUAAACUUAUAACAUACAAGUCGAAGAAAAUGAUUGAAGAAAAUGAAAGUCAUUUAAAAGAUAUUAUAACUAUAUUAGAGAAUGAUAAACGCUAUCUUGAUUUAGCCUGUGAUGAAAAUGAAAGGACAAAGAUCUUAAUGUUUUAUAUAGAAGAUUUAGAACGUAAAGGUGUUCCUCCACCACCCACAGCAUCUGAACCAUCUAGACGCACAACAAAAUAACUUCACAAACUGACAAUAGACUUCACAAACUGACGUAAUGAGUCACUUUGAUCACAUACAUGAUAUCAUUAAGUAUCUGUAUGCUGUCAGUUUUUUUACCAAUUGAGCUAUUCAGAUUUCAGUAGUGAAUUCUUGAAUUUGUCCAAUAUUGUUAUAUCUUAUAGUUGUGAAUAAUGUACAUGAUGGAAAUAACCUGUCAAUAUACUGUCAGAAAAAUAAGUGCAAGAAAGACGAUUCAUGAAGUAGAAUUUUUAUGUUGCUCUGGCUCCUAUUAAACAAAAUCUUCUGAUAAAAAUUUCACAUUUUGAAAUUUGAUGUUUAUACUGGAGAUAAAUUUUGAUUCUCAGAUGAUUUAUGAAAUGGGGCCUGUUGUAUAGUGCUAAAUGUAUGGAGUACAUGUAUAUAUUGACACUGGUUAAGAAUUGAGCUAUCACGUUUUUAAUGAAAUUAUAAAUUAUGUCGACUAUUCAGAUUUUAUCACUGUUUACAGAAAAUAUCUGUAAUAUUUUAGAUUCAGGCUUGUUUAUUUUAUUGUAAUAUUCCAUCAAGAAGUCAAUGUAUAGUUUCAUCCAAAUAAAUUUUUUUUAUUGUGAAUGACUUGUGUUAUUCAGUCAUAUAUUUAUAAAGAAAUUAGACAGCAUGGCAAAGUUUUAAUGAGAAUGAUUUUGUAGUUUGACUUCUCUAUGAAGGUCUGACAUGGGUCUCCUCUCCCUGAACAAAUAAUGGUUAGGCAACCCUAUAUAAUGCAAACAUUUAUGAUCUUUCAUUUAUUAUUAAAUAUUAUUCUGUUAUCUGAAAAUAUACAUAGUAAAAAAAAUCAUUAAAAGUUCAA